AUGGGCGCCGCCGUGUUCUUCGGGUGCGCCGCCAUCGCGUUCGGCCCCGCGGCCGCGCUCGUCCUGCUCACGGUGGCGGCCGAGCCGCUGCGGGUCAUCGUCCUGGUGGCGGGGGCGUUUUUCUGGCUGCUGUCGCUGCUCGCCGCCUCGCUGCUCUGGGCCGUCUCGGUGCAGCUCAGCGGGCGGGAGGACGCGGCGCUGCUGCUGCCCGGGGCCGCCGCCGCCGUCCUGCUGCAGGAGCUCUGCCGCUUCGCCUGCUUCAAACUGCUCAAGAAGGCGGAUGAGGGGCUGGCGACGCUGAGCGAGGAUGGGCGGUCCCCCAUCUCCCUGCGGCAAAUGGCCUACGUGUCCGGGCUCUCCUUUGGCAUCAUCAGCGGCGUCUUCUCCAUCGUCAACACCCUGGUGGACUCGGCGGGGCCGGGCACGGUGGGGAUCCAUGGGGACUCCCCGUACUACUUCAUCACCUCUGCCUUCCUCACCAUGGCCCUGGUGCUGCUCCACACCUUCUGGGGCGUCAUCUUCUUCGACGCCUGCGAGCGGCGCCGCGCCGGGGGCCUGGGGCUGGUGGUGGGCGGCCACCUGCUCGUCUCGGGGCUGACCUUCCUGAACCCCUGGUACGAGGCCAGCCUGGGGCCCAUCCUCAUCCUCACGCUCUGCACCGGCCUCUGGGCCUUCGGCACCGCCGGCGGCUCCUUCCACAACAUCCUCAAGUGCCUCUCCUGUAAGCAGGAGCCCGAGGGCCGGGUCAUGCUCUACUCAGCGCUGCAGGUGCCCCCUGAGGAGUGAGCAGAGCCUUGGCCCCAGAGCUGGACACUCCACCACUGCCUUCACCCCUGUCUGCCCCGGGGUUUGGGAUCUGACUGGUUCUCCUGGGGUGUUUGGGGUCUGACCAGGGCCCUGUUCCCUUUGUUCCCAGACUCUGUUACACUUUUCUCUCAAGUUGUGCCUGUGGGGAAGGUGGAAAGGGGUGCCGAGUACCCUGCGGGGCAUCCAGGCCUGGGGGGGCUCAGGGCAGGGCAGAAACCCCUCUUCCCUUGUGUUUCCCUCCCCUGGUGGGAUCUUUGCCCCUGGUGCUCUCGGGGGUGAUGAUCUGGGGGUGGGGGGCUCUGGGCCAUGGGUGCUGUGCCCCCCUCAGGGUGAUGAUCUGGGGGUGGGGGGCUCGGGGCCAGGGGUGCUGUGACCCCCUCACCCCUGUUCGGCUCCCAGGGGGGUCUGGGGUGCAGUGGGGGGUAAAUUAUUUUUUUGAUUCAGAGUAAAACCCUUUUCUAAGAG